GGAAGAGGGUGCAAGUGCUCCUGGAUGAGGACUCUGCACACUCGGCAGCAUUACCCCUCCGCCUCCUCGUCCAUCCUCUGUGUUCGUACAAUGACUGUGGGCAACAUGGAAAGUGCUGCAGUGUUUGAUGCAGGGAAGAAGGGUCGAGGCCUGAGGGCCACCAAGGAGCUCAGCGCCGGGGAGGUGGUCUUCGCCGAGCCCAGUUUCGCCGCCGUGGUCUUCGACAGUUUCUCCUCUCAGGUUUGCCACAGCUGUUUCCGUCGCCAGGCCAACCUGCACCGCUGCGGUCAGUGUAGGUUUGCCCACUACUGUGACCGCACCUGCCAGACGGCAUGCUGGGACGAGCACAAGAAGGAGUGUGGAGCCAUCAGGAAGAUCGGCAAGGCGCCCGGCGAGAACGUCCGUCUGGCGGCUCGUGUGCUGUGGCGCAUGCACAAGAGCACGGGUGUGGCGUCCGACAGUCAGCUGAUCCCCGUGGAGCAGCUGGAGGAGCACGUGGCCGACCUGCCCGAAGACGAGCACAAGAAGCUCGAGGUCGACGUGAACACCUUCCUGGAGUACUGGUCCUCUGGCAGGAAGAAGCACUCGGCCGACUUUGUCUCGCACAUCUUUGGCAUCAUCAAGUGUAAUGGAUUCACCCUGAGUGAUCAGAGAGGCCUGCAGGCCGUCGGUGUGGGCCUCUUCCCAAACCUGUGUCUGGUGAACCAUGACUGCUGGCCCAACUGCACCGUCGUCCUCAACCACGGCAACCAAUCAGCUGUGAGUUCUGCUCUUCACUCUCAGAGGAGAAUUGAGCUGCGAGCUCUGGAGAGAGUUCCCGAGGGCGCGGAGCUGACCGUCAGCUACGUGGACUUCCUCAACGUGUCCGUCGACCGCCAGAAGAAACUCAAGGAGCAUUUCCACUUCGAGUGCACCUGCGAUCACUGCAGCCAGCAUGCCAAGGACGACCUGAUGAUGGCCGCCGCCGAGAGCGAGGGCAAUACACCCUCAUCUGACAAGGUGAAGGAGGUGACGGCCUUCAGUAAGGAGAGUCUGGAGAAGAUCGAGACGUCCCGUGUUCAGGGGGAUUACCAUGAGGUGGUGAAGUUGUGUCACGAGUGUCUGGGGCGGCAGGAGAACGUCCUGGCUGACACUCACAUCUACAAGCUGCGUGUGCUCAGCGUGGCCAGUGAGGUGCUUUCGUUCCUGCGCUCUUUCUCCGAGGCUGCGGGCUACGCCCACAAGAUGGUGGAGGGAUACACGAAGUUGUAUCACCCCAACAACGCCCAGUUGGGCAUGGCCAUGAUGCGGGCGGGCGUCACCCACUGGCACGCCGGGCAGAUAGAGGUGGGCCACAGCUUGAUCUGCAAGGCCUACGGCAUCCUCAUUGUCACCCACGGAUCCAACCACGCCAUCACCAGGGACCUGGAGUCCAUGCGCACGCAGACGGAGAUGGAGCUGAAGCUGUUCAAGGAGGAUGAGAAGGUGUACCACGCCAUGAGGGACGCCGCCCUGAUGAAGCAGCCCGUGACCGGCAUCUCCUCUGCUGACGAGAAGAUCCAAGAUGUCUCUCGCAAGCAAUAGAAGCCUUCACGAUCAGAUCAAUAAACCCCCUGUGAUGCACCAUGUACAGUUGAUUCACUGCAUGAAGCUCCGCCCCCGGGCUGUUCUGUAUGGACAGAUUGUGCAAUAAACUUGGACGUACAA